AUGCCUACCCUCGGGUUCCUCAAGAAAAAACGGACGAGGGAGGGCAAUCAAGACUCUCAAGGCUCCAGUCUACCUACCAGCCCGGUAACGCCUACCUCCUCCAAGCCUUUCGACAGUUCCAUCUCGACUACCUUGUCGUCCCUGUCCUCCAGCUCUCAGCCGCCUUCCCUGCCCGCACUGAAGCAGCAGGACGAUUUGGAUUUGACCUCGUCCGACGGGGCGAAGCAGCAACAGAUGUAUCCUGUCACUGUCCACCCACCCAACCAGUCGGGCCCUCAGCAACCGCACUACAAUCAACAAGGUGGAUCGCAACAGAACCUCCCAAGCAUCAACAACCUAAUCAAUCCGACUCAGCAUGACGGUUCGAGCAACGGCCACAGUAGCAAUAACGGCUACCUAGCUCAGCCGACCCAAUCCUCCCAGCCGAACCCGAGCCCCGGAACCGAUCCCGCGCGACUUCAACAGCAGCAAGCUCAGUCGAUGCUACACCCGCCGCAGCCGCCACAACAUCAGCAGCAACAGCAACAGCAGCAACAGCAACACGGCAUGCCACAACAGGUCUCGGACCAGCAGGUCCGUCAGACCAAGGGGAAAUAUACGUUGACCGACUUUGACAUCUUGCGAACAUUGGGAACUGGCAGUUUCGGACGAGUGCACUUGGUGCAGUCCAAGCACAACCAGCGCUUCUAUGCCGUCAAGGUGCUAAAGAAGGCGCAGGUCGUCAAGAUGAAGCAGGUCGAACACACCAACGACGAGAGGAAAAUGUUGGGCGAGGUCAAACACCCGUUCCUGAUCACGUUAUGGGGAACGUUCCAGGAUUCUAAAAACCUGUACAUGGUGAUGGACUUUGUUGAAGGUGGUGAGCUGUUUUCGCUGCUGAGGAAAUCCGGGCGCUUCCCCAACCCUGUCGCGAAAUUUUACGCCGCGGAAGUCACGUUGGCACUUGAGUAUAUGCACUCGAGGAACAUCAUCUACAGAGAUCUCAAGCCAGAGAACCUGCUGCUCGACCGGCAUGGACACCUUAAAAUAACAGAUUUUGGUUUCGCCAAGCGAGUGCCGGACAAGACGUGGACGCUUUGCGGCACUCCAGACUAUUUGGCUCCCGAGGUAGUCUCGAAUAAGGGCUACAACAAAUCCGUAGAUUGGUGGUCUCUCGGGAUUUUGAUAUACGAGAUGCUGUGCGGGUACACGCCGUUUUGGGACAGCGGGUCGCCAAUGAAGAUUUAUGAAAACAUCCUCAAGGGCAAGGUGAAAUAUCCUGCCUAUAUCAACCCGGAUGCACAGGACCUAUUGGAGAAGCUGAUUACAGCGGAUCUCACCAAGCGGUUGGGUAACCUGUAUGCUGGUCCAAACGAUGUCAAAAACCACCCGUGGUUCACCGAGGUUACGUGGGACAGGCUGGCCCGCAAGGACAUUGAUGCGCCGUAUACUCCCCCGGUCAAGGCCGGCGCCGGUGAUGCCAGCCAAUUUGACAGAUACCCCGAGGAUCCCGAGCGAUACGGUUCAGCCGGGCAUGACGAAUACGGCCAUCUUUUCACCGACUUCUAA